UGGUGGAAUCUACUUACGUUCAUGCUUGAAGCUUCUCCUAAGUUGCAAAUCCUCAAGCUCACCGACCUAAAUAUGUCUUCUACCAAAGGAAAUCAGAUAGGCCAAAAAUGGAUCCAGCCUAAAUGUGUACCGGAAUGUUUGUUAUUCCAUCUUGAGACAUUCGUGUGGACAGGAUACGAAUGGCAACGAAGAGAUGAGAAAGAAGUGGCGAGAUACAUCCUAAGAAACACAACAAGUUUGAAGAAAGCAACUUUCUCCACAAAACCCAUCGAACCGGUAAAGCUCAAAGUUUUUAAAAAGAGACGUGAGAUCCUCAACGAGUUGGCUAGUUUGGGCAGGGCUUCAAAUCCAAGUGAUUUUGUGUUUGAAUCUAUUUAA